AAAAUGUAAGAGUUCAAGACAACAUAACCCUUCAAAUUAAGCUGAUCAUUCGCGGUUAUUCUGAAAAAUAUGCUUCUUUCUGAGCGAGUUGCCCUUUUGCAGGAGCGGCUAAUAAGGCUACAACUGUGAUAUUCCUGUGGUACGAGUUGCGCGAACGCAGUUUUCAGGGCUGACUGAGGAACCCCAAAUGCUGAUUUCUCUACGCUGGUCACAGGGAUAAGUUUGGCUUUGGAUAAUAUGCAUACAGAUAAGUAAUGCGUCUGUUCACAUUCUGUGGCGGCUUAUCUUGUUCUUGUGCAUUGUCUUUUGAGCCGUGUUUUAUUCUACAGUUUUUCCACACGCUCAGAGCAUUCUCAAGCAAGUGCUCAUAUAGUAGCUAUUUUGGCUCAACGUUUUGCUUAAUAAUUUAGAUGUCUCCUCUUGCACGUGGUUGGCCAUACUCCCGGUUGUGGAUUAUAUAUGCGACAGCCAUUAGUCCUUGUGCACAUGCUUUCUGGUCUUGCCAUAGGUGCUGUAGAACUUACCAUGAAAUGCAAGGGCAAGCAUUGCACAUUUCUUCUAUGUUAGAUUGUGGUAAUGGCUAUCACCAGAAAGGGAGGGAAGAGGAUCUGCAACUUUCUGAACAAAUCAAGUGCAUUCGCUCAACUCUAGGCAGCAUGGGAGAAAGGCUAAAAUAUUUUUACCUGACGGAUGGCAGGCUGGCCAAAUUAGAUGACAAUUCAUUUGUUUUUAAUAUUUCAGCAAAGAAAGAAAUGCAAGAAUUUAAGCUCCUCGCAAAAAAAUUUAUUGGUUGUAGGUUGCAAGUAUAUGACCCAUGGAAAUUAAAAAGUUCUGGAAGUCUGCACUUGCCCUUCUCUACACCAAGUGAAAGAGAUUCUGAAACAUUUGAUUCAUUGAAGGUCGUUUGUCAAUAUUUGGGGCUUUCAGUCCCACAGAGAAGAUCAGCUAGAAAAAUCAUUUCUCCUCAAGUCAUCCAAUAUGAUAUGUUGCGGGGAGCCCUGGAAGAGCUAGUAAGAAAUUUAGAUGUAGAUCUGGGAGCAAUUGAUAAGCCAUCAAAUAAAGUGUUAGCUGCAAAGGAGGCAAGUGCAAGAAGCGUCCAAUUGUUAAGUCAGAAUUUAUCCACAACAGGAUCUGCUUCAUGGGCUAAACUUUCUUCGUAUAAAAACUUUCAUUCUCCAAAAUCUAAAUGGGGUGAUGUUUUAGAAUCAUUCGAGGUUAUAUUAGAUGCCUUGAAGGAUGUUGAUAGUCUAAAAUUUUAUGUUAUAACAAUAGAGGGCAUGAAGGAGGGUCUUGGUCAUAUUAAGAACGUCCAGCUAGACAAUAACCUUGAUUUUAAAAAGAUACAUCAUCGAAAAUCAUAUGUGGAGCAUAAACUUGUUUAUAAUUUGGGAUAUACAUCCAAGUGUCUGUUCACCCUUUUGGUCUUUUACCUAUUUCAGAGUAUCAGAAGCAUUACGGUAGAUAUGGCUGGGGGACUAUAUGGUGCAACAGAAGAAAUCCCUUAUGUAAGCAUUGGUGAAAUAAUAACUUCAGCUGACAGAAAAAUGCUAUGGAUAGCUGUUAAGCAUUUAGACAAGGCUUUAGGAUUAAUCAGGUUUAUAUCUGAAAUAAUAGGUACAAAAAAUCUGAAAUUAGAGGGACAUAUUUGGGCUCUGGGUGCACAAGAAACCACAAUUGAUUACAGAGGAAACUCUAUUUUUGUACAUGCGAUUGAAUAGAAGUAAAUUUGUUGUUUAUGGAGCA